CUUUCACUUCCUGGUGCUUCUUUCUUCUGCAUAGUUAGUCUCUCUCUGGUACCCUUGCUUGGUUGCUAGUUUGUUGUCCUUCGACCAUCUGAUACCAUCUUUAGCCAUGACUCUACCACAGCAACUACGUUCCAAGAGUGACUUUGACCAGCUGCCUGAUAACGUCCCCAUCAGCGCCACUAUUGCAGAUAUCGAGGAGAAAAGGGGCUUCAUUGACUAUUUUAGGUUUGUUAUUGAGGUGAAAACCAAAGGAUGGAGCAAGUAUCUAAUCUACCGGCGCUACCGAGAGUUCCUAAGUCUCCAUCAGAUCCUGGAGUCCAGAUACUCUCCGGAGGACCCGGACAGACCUUCACCCAACACCUGCGUGCUGCCUUCGCUUCCAGGUAAAGUGUUUAUCGGCAACAAGCGGGAGAUUGCGGAGAGCAGAAUCCCAGAGCUCAACACGUACAUGAAGAGGCUACUGGGUCUACCGACGUGGUUGCUGCUGGACGAAGACCUCAGAAUGUUCUUCUACCAGACGGAGAUGGAUAGCCAACAGCAGCCUCGAGCUCUCAGGCGUCUACGCCCACCCACCCGCAAAGUGAAGACAGUCAAACCAAAAACGGACCUUUUCUCCUCCCCCCGCGCAGAGGCGAUGUUUGACUUUUGCGGCAGCAGUAAGGCGGAGUUGAACCUAAAGAGAGGUGACUUGAUCUUCCUCCUGCGUCGAGUCAAUGCCGACUGGUUAGAGGGCUCCACCAACAACCAAACGGGUAUUUUCCCAGAAUCCUUUGUGAAGAUCAUCAAGCCCCUCCCAGAGAGUGAAUCUGAGGGAGAAGGUGAAGGCUCCACCUAUAGCUGUCUGCGAUGCUACCUGCUCACCCCCAACGGAGUCGACACCAGAGACGUGUGCGUUCAAGAGGACCUCACCAUCCAGCCAACACACAAGGACCUGAUGUCUCGAAUGAGGGACGUUUUCAAGGUGGACGACAUUGCGGUAAAUUACCGCGACCCUGAGGGUGACCUGAUCCGCAUCCUGGACGACGAGGACGUGCAGCUGAUGAUCAAGGAGAGCAGAGGUCAGCCGGUGGCGGUCCAGAGGCCUGUCAAUCAAUUUCCUUGGGAAGUUCACGUGACUUUGGCCUCGGACAUUUCUGUGUACAAUGUGGAUGGAUAAACUUGACAAGGGCGCUUCAUUUUAGCCAAAGUCAGGGUUGUUGACAACAACAUAGACUUGGGGGGGGGGGGCGCCCUAAUUACCUGCUUAAAGCGGCCUUACACAUUUCAAACAAAGUUAAUGCAUAGCAUUUGUUGCUGCUGGUCGGACUUCGUACUUGUUAACAUGCUAAAAAACAUGCUUAGGAAAACUGGGCUGAAGCUGCUGUCACUGCUGGCUUUUGCAUUUCAUUGUAACCGGGUUUAGUGCUAAGCCUUGGUGCUACGCUGCGGUUUUGGUAGUUUAAAAAAAAACAAACAAAUUAAAUAGCAUGCUAAGUUAUUUUCUAAAUUAAGAUUUAAGAAAAAUAGUUUGGGGCUGCACGGCGAUCAAGUGGUUGGCACGCAGACCUCACAACUAGGAGACCAGGGUUCGAUUCCACCCUCGGCCAUCUCUGUGUGGCGGUUUUGUCCGGGUACUCCGGUUUCCUCCCACAUUCCAAAAACAUGCUAGGUUAAUUGGCGACUCCAAAUUGUCCAUAGGUAUGAAUGUGAGUGUGAAUGGUUGUUUGUCUAUAUGUGCCCUGUGAUUGGUUGGCCACCAGUCCAAGGUGUACCCCGCCUCUCGCCCAAAGACAGUUGGGAUAGGCUCCAGCACCCACCGCGACCCUCGUGAGGAUAAACGGUAGAAAAUUAAUGAAUGAGUUUGGGGCUGCACGGCGACCCAGUGGUUAGCACGCAGACCUCACAGCUAGAAGACCAGGGUUCGAUUCCACCCUCGGCCAUCUCUGUGUGGAGUUUGCAUGUUCUCCCCGUGCAUGCGUGGGUUUUCUCCGGGUACUCCGGUUUCCUCCCACAUUCCAAAAACAUGCUAGGUUAAUUGGCGACUCCAAAUUGUCCAUAGGUAUGAAUGUGAGUGUGAAUGGUUGUUUAUCUAUAUGUGCCCUGUGAUUGGUUGGCCACCAGUCCAGGGUGUACCCCGCCUCUCGCCCGAAGACAGCUGGGAUAGGCUCCAGCACCCCUGUGACCUUCAUGAGGAAAAGCGGUAGAAAAUGAAUGAAUGAAUAAUAGUUUGUAAUUUCUCCUACCAGAGUCAUUAACAUUAAAAAACGUAAACAUUUUCAGUAUUUUUCAGUAUCACUUAGAGGCCAGUGAAGAUGAAGUAGUUUGUUUGGGUUAGUAGUAGUGGGCGAGUAGCCACAUAAUAAAUACAAUACAAUACACCUACUACUCCUCCAAAACUUCCCGAAACGUCCUUUUAAGCAUGUAUGAUAAGUAAUAAUGUUAAAAUUCCACUUAAAAUACAUAAAAUGACAAAUAAAGACUUUAUGAUGGCGCUAAUGUUGUUUCCAUUUCCGUUCUUUUCAAACAAAAUUCAAACAACUUGAAAGUCAACAAGCGUCACAGAACAGAUUUUGUUCCAAUUCAGAGGUUGUUCGGUUAACAAUUUUGGAAAUCACGUGCAAUUUUCAUUUCUACUUGGGUACAUGCUUAUUCUGUGAUGCAGAUUGUAUUUGAAGUGAGUCAACUAGAGUCCCUGGGCACACAGAGGCGUGAAUGGAUGCCUUUUUCCCCCAUGUUAAUGGUGUUUCUGGGUGAUGAUGCGAUGGCGUUGUGCACAUGUCGCUGUGAUUAGCGUGCGUGCGCGGAAAGAAAGUGAAAAUCGCAUGGAUAUUCAGGAGGCAUGAACACAUUGGCAAGCCACACGGCACGAAGAAGUGAAGGUAGUUUGCAUGACGCGGCGCCUUGUGUGCUUCACACGCUUGGAUACAUUCGGCUGCAUAUUUAUAGCAUUUCUUUUUUUAUUUUUAAAAUAUCAUUCAACAGCAGUUAAACAUCAUGAAAAGAAACACCAUAUUGACCUGCAUAUUUUUCCCCGCGUUUGUUCCAGAAACGUAUGUACAUGCAAGCCAACUUUAGGUGUCAGAGCUUUUCUUCCUGUCACUCUUCACUCUUCCUGUAAGUCUAUGUUAUCUUAUUUAUGUCUAAUAUGUCUUAUUCUCUAUAAUUAUAUCUACUAUAUUGGGUAAUACAAAUGUAAAGAUUACUGUAGGGGUGCUAUUUUAUGUAUUGAGGGCUCUAAUAAUGUUAAAAACUGUAUUAAGAAGAUUGUAAACAGGUUUUCUGUGCAAUAAUUAUGAAAGUAUCCCAUUUAUUAAUAUUGAAUCCUACUUCACUACCCCUGAAUUCACUUAUAAAAAUUAAAAAAAACAGGAACUCAUGACGGGGUACCGCUGUACUUUACAAGCUAACAGCAUUAGCAUUUAUAGUCUAAUAAUGGAUUGUAAAUGCACAGUAUGGAAUAUAUGUGCUUGUAUGCCGCAAUGUCACUUUCACGGUCAUUCUCUCCGUCCGUUCUCGUCAACUCGGAAUUAAUUGAGGUCUAAUUAAGCUCUUAAUGAAUGUCAUUAGGGCUAAAGUCAUGUCAGGUUGUGACCUACCAAACCCAACCCACAAUGA